ACAAAAAGCAUCUCUUCCAGCUGAGCAGAAGGGAGGUGUUGAUAGCUUUCUAGGCAGCUUAUGCACAAAAGGCACAAACCACUGGAAACUGGGAGAACUAUUGUCUCAUUGUGGAGAUGAAGAGGAAGGUGAUGAGGAAAAAGAGAGACAACAUCUGAUCAACAGGGAUACGUCUUUACAGAUUUCCUAAGUGACUGAUUGCUUCAGGAAUUGAACUACAUGCCUGCACCUGCAACAUAGUAUUAUCCCACCCAUCUGUUGAUGAGAGACUGGUGUUGGUUAUCUUCUCUUAAAAAAAUGUAAUUACGUUUUAUUUUUUUUAUUAAAUCGUGAAGUUAUCAAGCCUGAGUACUGUACAGCUGAGUCUAUCUGGAGCAUCGAAAAGGAUAUUCUUUUUCACUUUUUCCUGGAAUUGAUGACACCAAUUCAACCAGAAAACCCAUUAUGAUUUUCCAGGAAGCCACUGUAUGCAAAAUGAAAAUCCUAAAGCUUGACUAAGAAGACUGUAUUUUGACUUGAACCUUACAGGUUGCCUUUGGACAGAGAUCAUUAUGUUAACUGCCCCCACAUCAGAAUUAAACAGCCCAGGGUCUCUACCUAACAAUGCCCAGGAAACUACUAUCCAGAACAAAACAGGAAGGAGGAAGAAGAGCAUGCUGAAACAGUCAUGGAUGGAGAUCACCAUAGCCUUCAUGAGGAGGACCAAGGUCCACGGGCUGAAGUUUGUCUUCUCACCAGACAAGACCUUACCCCAGCGGGUCCUCUGGCUCCUGGCCUUCUUUGUGUGCAUGGGUCUCCUGUUCACCUGGUCCUGGAACCGCAUCCUCUACCUGAUGUCCUACCCGGCCGUCACCAAGAUCAAGAUGGUGUGGGCUCACAACAUGUCCUUCCCGGCCGUGACCUUCUGCAACCACAACCUGUUCCGGGUGUCCAGGCUGACCAAGGCUGACCUGUACCACAGCGGCUACUGGAUGGACCUGAUGCACCAGAACCACACGGUCAUGGAGAGGAGCCUGGCUCUUCUGAGGGACAACCACAAGUACAGCCUCCUCAACCUGCUGGACUUCAAUGGCUACACCCCGUCUCCACAUUACCAUGUCAACACAACUGAGAUGAUUGGCAGGCUGGGCCACCAACUGGAGGACAUGUUGCUGGAAUGCAGAUUCCGGGGGGGGAACUGCACCCACCAGAACUUCACCACUAUUUACACGCGGUACGGAAAAUGCUACACGUUCAACUCUGGUUUGGAUGGCAACCCGAUGUUGACAACGUUAAAAGGCGGGACAGGAAAUGGGCUGGAGAUCAUGUUAGAUAUCCAACAAGAUGAAUACUUACCUGUUUGGGGAGAGACAGAUGAGACCUCGUACGAAGCAGGCAUCAAGGUUCAGAUUCACAGCCAGGACGAACCUCCCUUCAUUGACCAGCUGGGAUUUGGUGUGGCCCCUGGUUUUCAAACUUUUGUGUCAUGUCAGCAGCAACUGCUUCAGUACCUCCCUCCCCCUUGGGGAGACUGCAAGUCCACUCCCAUCGACUCUGAGUUCUUCUCCACGUACAGCAUCACAGCCUGCCGUAUCGACUGUGAGACACGCUACCUGGUGGAGAACUGUAACUGCAGGAUGGUCCACAUGCCUGGGACCGCAACGGUAUGCACACCCGAGCAGUACAAAGACUGUGCAGACCCAGCUUUAGACUUCUUGGUAGAGAAAGACAACGACUACUGUGUGUGUGAGACACCCUGCAGCAUGACACGAUAUGGCAAGGAGCUGUCCAUGGUGAAAAUACCCAGUAAAGCCUCUGCCAAAUAUCUGGCCAAGAAAUUCAACAAAACUGAACAGUACAUUGGAGAAAACUUACUAGUCCUGGACAUCUUCUUUGAGGCAUUGAAUUAUGAGAAGAUUGAACAGAAGAAGGCAUAUGAAAUUGCGGGGUUGCUUGGUGACAUUGGUGGGCAGAUGGGUCUGUUCAUUGGAGCCAGUGUUUUAACGAUACUGGAAAUAUUUGACUACUUAUAUGAGGUAUUUAAGGAUAAAGUUUUGGGUUACUUCAUGCGCAAGAAACGACCGCAGCGUUGUCCAAGCGACAAUCUGAUGACUGUUGAUGAGAAGCACAAAGACCUUGAGAUCAGCCUUGGUUCCUGAGCCAAUUACCUCCCUCUCUGAUCAAGACUGGCUACCUUAUUGGCACGUCUUAUAUCCAACUAUGUAUCCUGGGAUAAGCCUUGUCUUGGGUGAGACUAGAACCAAGCCAAACAUCACUCAGUAAGGGUCUCUUCUUUGAAGUUGUAAACUUUAAGAUAUGGUUUAUCAGUGUUUUGUUAUGAGCAAUAAAUGCAUUGGCCCAAAAAUAAUGUAAUUGUGAAAUCAAUGCAUUUAACACAGUUUAUUUUCAAGUCUGGUCACACAGCUCCCCUACUAAUGGAAUUUGUGGAUUUGGCAUAAAGGAAUACAUUUUUGUACUGGGUUACCACAACUGAUGAUGUGACAUUGUCUUGGUGUUAACUGUGUGUCCCAUUGUGGUCUGGUCUUUCAUGACAAUGUGGAGGUUAGUUAUAAAACUCACCACCAAUGGUUUAUCACCUGUCCUUCCUAAAAAAAAAAACACAGUAAGUACUUAACAGAAAUCAGAAUACAUUGCAACUAUUUGCUUAUGCUUUGUAAGCAUCAAUCUAAUUUACAUUAAAUUCAUUAGAAAUCAGAUUGAAAGUAAAACAGGUGGCAAAUUUAAGGGGUUAAAGUUUUAUGAAUACUUUGUACUACGUGCCGUACUGUGUCCCAUACUAGAAUCCUUAUCUACCCCUGCCUUAAUGCCAAUCAAAUAAUAGCAGAGCAGAAGCAACGCAAUAGUCAGUAGUCUGAAACAGAAUAUGGACAUGGUCCUGUCAUAUUUGAAUAAUACCUCAAUACUGGUUGUGCUUAUUGAUUCAAGUCUUUUAAUGGGUAUUUUAUAGCAUAAUAAAUUACAGCCAAGUAGAUGACAGUGUUGUAUAUUUAUGUCAACUAAUAGUCUAAAGACCUUCAUUCUUGCAGCUUAAUUAUGUGUAUUGUUAUUGCACCUCACCUCUUUUCCUCCUUGCAUGACCAUUGUGUACUCCUCCUUGUGUAUAAUCAGCCACCAUGUUACUUUACUAUUUUGUUGGGAGCCAGAUGGUUAAUAUCCAUGUUGUGUGGUAGGCUACUGUUCAAUCUUUAGAAUGAAAAAAUCUUAAUGAAAACUAGGCUUAGGGCUGUGCAAUAUUCAGUGACCAUGAAGUAUUGAACAUGGGGCUGAGAAGCCAGGAUAUGUUAUCUGACAAAAAAAAAAAGUAUUGUACGUACAGUAUGUGGCCACUGGCUUGUAAGGAAUGUUAUACUUCUGUAAGACUGGAUCUUACAGAGAGUAGAUUAUAGUAUGGCUCGCUCUGUUGGAGGCCUACAGACAGCUGUGGAACUGAACUAGGAUCAACUGGCACUAUGUACUGUAUGUAUAUGAUAUUUCCACCAUGUGAUUGAUCGUAAAUAUCCAUUAAAUAAUGAAUACCCUCUCCUAA